CGAGAAGAGAGGAGACGUCACGGACGGAAGAGUCGAGUAGUAGUAGGAGGAGGAGGAAGAAGAAGAAGAAGAAGAAGAUGUCCAUGUCCUUACUAUCGGUUGGUAGGUAAGCCGAGGCACACGCGGUCAUCUCUCCACACACGCGCCCCCUCGCUUCCCCCACAUGUAUAUAUACCCCUCUCUCUCUCCCAACACUGACUCCACCUCACCACUCGAUCGAUCGCAAGAACACGAUAAGGAUUCAGGGAUCGAUCGAUUCAUCUCUCCUCGUCGUUGGUCACAGGACGGAGAGAGAUCACCAUCAGCAGCUAGCAGCAGGAUGACGAGGAAGAAGGAGAGGUCAGGGUGGGGGAGCCUGUUCAGGGGAUGCCUGAGCGGAGGAGGCGCGGCGGGGAGCCGGAAGGUGCGACCGGGGCCGAGGACGGCGGCGGCGGCGGCGGCGAAGCACGGCGGAGGAGCAUCAUCGGCGGCGGCGCAGCGGCUGUCGUUCACGGACGUGAUGAGCACGGCGUCGGAGCAGGAGCUGUCGGUGUCGCUGGUGGGGUCGAACCUGCACGUGUUCACGGUGGGGGAGCUGAAGGCGGCGACGCAGGGGUUCCUCGACGGCAACUUCCUCGGCGAGGGCGGCUUCGGCCCCGUCUACAAGGGCAACGUCGCCGACAAGGCCAAGCCGGGCCUCAAGGCCCAGCCCAUCGCCGUCAAGCUCUGGGACCCCGAGGGCGCCCAGGGUCACAAAGAAUGGCUGUCGGAGGUGAUCUUCCUUGGGCAGCUCAGGCACCCCAACCUGGUGAAGCUCAUCGGCUACUGCUGCGAGGACGAGCACCGCCUGCUCGUCUACGAGUACAUGGCCAAGGGCAGCCUCGAGAACCACCUCUUCAAGAAGUUUCCUUCGAUGCUGUCGUGGUCAACCCGGUUGAACAUCGCGGUUGGCGCCGCCAAGGGCCUCGUCUUCCUUCACGACGCCGAGAAGCCCGUCAUCUACCGCGACUUCAAGACCUCCAACAUCCUACUCGACCCGGAGUACAAGGCGAAGCUGUCGGACUUUGGGCUGGCCAAAGAUGGGCCGGAGGGCGACGACACCCACGUCUCCACACGCGUCAUGGGCACCCACGGCUACGCCGCACCGGAGUACAUCCUCACCGGUCACCUUACAGCAAAGAGCGACGUAUACAGCUUUGGUGUCGUUCUGCUAGAGAUCCUAUCCGGGCGACGGGCUGUGGACAAGACACGACCUAGCAGGGAGCAGCAUCUAGUCGAACACAUGCGCUCCUGGCUCAAGGAUCCACAGAAGUUAAGCCGAGUCAUGGACCCGGCCCUGGAGGGCCAGUACUUCGCUACCGCGGCUCAUAAGGCGGCCCUGGUGGCGUAUAAGUGCCUGAGCGGUAACCCCAAAAAUAGACCGGACAUGUGUCAAGUCGUGAAAGACCUAGAGCCCCUCCUCAAUGUCACCGAUGAUGUCUCUGAUGAGUCGGUGGCACCCAUAGCCCCGGUAAGGGAGGAUAAUGCUGUGAGAAAGGAAAGAACAGCAAGGAGAAGGCCCGGUGAGAGGGAUGGUGGAAAACUUAGGCAAAGUAAAAUGCGUUCACCCCAGAAGGUCGUUAGGAGACGUCCAGGCCAAAGCGAGGAGUUUUGGGUGUGGCAUAUGCCUGGAGAAGUAAAAUGCUAAAUAUCAAGUGUAAUAUAUAUAUAUCCGUAACCCGCAAUGUAAUGUUUUUGUGUAGUGACUGAUGAUGAGGAUGUAAAAUGUAGAUGGUGGUGCAGCCGGUGGUCACUGGCCAGGAAGGAUUGCACCCCCUGUAAUUCCUUGUUUCUUUUCUCUUGGUUUGAAAUUUAUUGGUCUUGGCCUCUUUGUACUCAGUUUUUACUGCUCCGAAUCUCUCUCCCUCUC